CGUAAAAGUAGUUUUCAAUUUUUCAUUUCACCUAAAUAAACUUUUUUUUUAAAAAAAAAAAAAAAAACACAACACAAUGCCGAAGUUCCCUUUGUAUCGCAUUCUAUAGUUUCAUUCAUGUGAAGAAAAGGAGUGCGGCCAUGGAACCCAAACACAACGAAACUCGGUCGCUUUCCCUCUUCUAUUUUCUCUCCUCUUCGAUCUGUUUGGCGGAUUCUUCUUUCCAGUAGCUGGUUGCUGGUUUAUAGCAGUUUGUAAUGGCGGACCCAAGCUCAGUUGAUGUAAUUCUAGAAUUUCUGCGGAGGAACCGCUUAACAAGAGCUGAGGCGGCUUUGCGCAGUGAGCUGAAUAACCGCCCUGAUUUGAAUGGAUUCCUUGAAAAACUUAACAUUGAAGAAAAGGACUUGAGUAACAUGCUUGUGGAAGAGAACAGGAAAAAAGCGAUGAGUGAAAGUCAGGGGUCAGGUUCUCAAAACAGUGGUGAGGCUUCUAAGGAACUAAUAGUGAAGGAGAUAGAGUGUGGGACUAACAGAAAUGGAUCUGAAAGCAGAUGGAGAAAUGCUGCCCCAACCGGAGAGUGUAACAGGCCUAAUGAAUCAGUAGUGACAACUGAGAAGAACUUCACUUUCUCUAAAAGCUCAGAGGAAAAUUUACUUGAUUUGCCAACUUGGAGCUUCAAUUCUAGCAAUGGUGCUUCUGAUCCUUACAAAAAUGAUGGUUUUGGAAACAGUGCUGGCUUUUCAGACCUUCAAAUACCAGAGAAGACAAGAUAUCAUAAAAGUGAAGCUCUUGAUACUAGUAAAACAAAUGAAAAAUCUGAAGAAGUGAUUGUCUUUACUGGUGAAAAGAAAACACCAUGGCUAGAAAAUGCUAGUAAAGGUAAUGUAGAUUCCAAGUAUGAUAGGAUUCAAGCUGGUGAAACUAAGGAGCUUGAUCAACAGGGUAAGACAAUCAGCAUCUAUUUAAAGGAAAACUUUGCAGAUAAUAAUGCAUGGUCAAGAAGUGGGGAGCCUAUAAGUUCAUCUUCAGGCGUGUUUAAAGAGUGUAGUGUCAAGACUGUUCUUCCAUUUCCUAAGGGGGAUGUAUCAACCAGUUAUGGCAAUGCUAGUGUACCUGACAAGAAAGAAGGAAAGAGGAAGGCAGACAUGAAUGAUGUCAGGGCAGCGACUAAGGAACAGGUGGAUGAAGUCGGAAGGGCUUUAUACUUCAGCAAAUCUCAAGGAAGUUCUGAGCAAAAUACUACAGCGGCUUUGACGUUUCUUCUUGCAUCUGAUAAUUCUAAGGAGGAGUUACCUAGGCUACCACCAGUUAAGCUCAAAUCUGAGGACAAGUCAAUGACCAUAAAUUGGGAGGAAAAACACGAGCAUGAUGGUCCAGGUGCAAAGCUAACAACUGCUGACAAUGCCUUCCUUAUAGGGUCAUAUCUGGAUGUUCCUGUUGGACAAGAAAUCAACUCUUCAGGUGGAAAAAGGACUAUGGGAGGCAGUUGGCUGUCUGUGAGUCAAGGAAUUGCAGAAGAUACUUCUGAUUUGGUUUCUGGUUUUGCUACUGUUGGUGAUGGAUUAAGUGAAUCUGUUGAUUACCCAAAUGAGUAUUGGGACUCUGAUGAAUAUGAUGAUGAUGAUGAUGUUGGCUACAUGAGACAACCUAUUGAGGAUGCAGCCUGGUUUCUGGCACAUGAAAUUGAUUACCCCAGUGAUAAUGAAAAGGGAACUGGACAUGGGAGUGUUCCAGAUCCACAGGAAAGCGGUCCAACCAAAGAUGAUGAUGAUGAUCAGUCAUUUGCUGAGGAGGAAUCUUAUGUCUCUGGUGAGCAGUAUUUUCAGGGAAAAAAUGUUGAACCAGUUACAGCUUCAGAUGAUCACAUAGGACUCUCAGUGCCUGAGAUGUAUAGGAGGAGUCAUGAAAAUGAUUUAAUUGCUCAGUAUGAUGGACAACUAAUGGAUGAAGAAGAGCUGAAUUUGAUGCGUGCAGAACCUGUUUGGCAGGGAUUUGUUACGCAUACAAAUGAACUAAUCAUGUUAGGCGAUGGCAAAGUGCUGAAUGAGUGUGGGAGAUCUCGGCUGGAUGAUGUUUGUAUUGAUGAUGAUCAGCAUGGCUCAGUUAGGUCUAUUGGUGUGGGAAUCAACAGUGAUGCUGCUGAUAUUGGAAGUGAAGUGCGUGAAAGUUUGGUUGGAGGCAGUAGUGAAGGGGAUUUAGAGUACUUCCAUGAUCAAGAUCUUGCAGUUGGUGGGUUGAAAGAUUCUCUUGACAGGGAUAGAAAACUUAUUGAUAGAUCAAGGGAUAAAAAGCAAAUCAGUAGGAAUGAUUCCAAUAAAUAUGUAGUUGGAAAUGAUAGAGGUGCAUAUACCCAGGCGAAGAAUCCAGUUGAUGGUUUUUCUUUUCCACCUCCACUUAGAGAUGGACAGUUGUUGCAGUUAGGCUCUAGUAAGUCUUUAUGGUCAAACAACUGCAAUGCUGUUAGUGAUGAAAAUGAUGACCAUUUGAAUGCUUUGAUGGGGCCUGAUGAUAUGCUUGCUACAUGGAGGCGGAAAAGUAGUGAUUCUUCAACUGGCAAAAGUUCUAGAGAUGAAAAUAAUGCCAAUGCUGUAAGAUCUGCAAAUUCUUCUCCCUCAUCACUCUCUAAUUAUGGUUAUGGUGAACCAGAGCAUGCUCAGAAAGAAGAUGAGAAAAUUCGUGGCGUGAGAGAAGAAGAUCCAGGGGCAUCAGUUGAGGAUGAAGAGGCAGCUGCUGUCCAAGAGCAAGUAAAACAAAUAAAGGCUCAGGAGGAGGAAUUUGAGACCUUCAACCUCAAGAUUGUGCACAGAAAAAACAGAACUGGCUUUGAGGAGGACAAGAAUUUCCAUGUUAUUCUAAAUUCUGUCAUUGCUGGCCGCUAUCAUGUGACUGAGUAUCUCGGAUCAGCUGCAUUCAGCAAAGCCAUACAAGCACAUGACCUGCACACAGGCAUGGAUGUCUGUGUGAAAAUUAUAAAGAACAACAAGGAUUUCUUUGAUCAAAGUCUGGAUGAGAUAAAGCUUCUCAAGUAUGUCAACAAGCAUGAUCCUGCUGACAAGUACCACAUUCUCCGGCUGUAUGAUUACUUCUACUACCGAGAACAUUUGUUAAUAGUAUGUGAGCUUCUCAAGGCAAACUUAUACGAGUUUCAUAAAUUUAAUAGGGAAUCAGGGGGCGAGGUUUAUUUUACGAUGCCGAGAUUACAGUCAAUUACUAUUCAAUGUUUGGAGGCACUGCAGUUCUUGCAUGGUCUUGGCCUUAUACAUUGCGAUCUAAAGCCUGAGAAUAUAUUAGUGAAAAGCUACAGUAGAUGUGAGGUCAAGGUUAUUGAUCUUGGGAGUAGCUGUUUUGAGACAGAUCAUCUAUGUUCCUAUGUUCAGUCCAGGUCUUAUCGUGCACCAGAGGUUAUCCUGGGACUUCCAUAUGAUAAGAAGAUAGACAUUUGGUCACUUGGCUGCAUCUUGGCAGAACUCUGUACAGGCAAUGUCCUUUUCCAAAAUGACUCACCUGCAACAUUACUUGCAAGGGUUAUUGGAAUCAUUGGUCCCAUUGAUCAAGACAUGCUUGCCAAAGGACGUGAUACAUACAAAUAUUUCUCUAAAAAUCAUAUGCUUUAUGAACGUAAUCAGGAAAGCGACCGACUGGAAUACCUGAUUCCAAAAAAGACAUCUUUAAGGCAUCGUAUGCCUAUGGGAGACCAGGGUUUUAUUGAUUUUGUUGCUCAUAUGCUUGAGAUAAACCCAAAGAAGCGCCCUUCUGCAUCUGAGGCUUUGAAGCACCCAUGGUUAUCAUAUCCAUAUGAGCCAAUAUCAGCUUGAUUCGUCUAAAGAUGACAUGCUGAAUCUGCCCUAGUACUUCAGCCACGUGUCUUGUUGAGAGGAACCAUUUUCGAUAGCUUAACUUCUGAAAUUGGUGUUCCAUUGAUCCAUGGAGCGCUUUUGUCAUAUGGCAAAUUGCAUUGGUCUUUUCGUCAGCCCCUACCUGUAUCUGAAUCUAGCAUUUAUGAAGGAUGUAAUUCUGGAAGCACUGUGUAUUCUUGGGGUUUCCUUCAUCUCACUUGGUUUAAUAUAGUGGAAGGGGAAAUCUAAUCCUGUUGUACAUGAUGUGUGAUAAUUCAAUUUUUUAGGUUAUUUAGUAGAAAUAGCUUGUGAAAUAGUGGGAUAUCCAAUUUUGGUUGGCUUGUGAGCUUCGUAUUGUGAGCGUAUUUGACGUUUGGACGAAGCCGGUUGAAAUAGAGUUUGAUUUGGUGCUGAUGUUUUGAAUUUGCAGCAUGCGACGGGUGAGAUGGGUGAUGAAGCUUUGAGUUUGAAAAGCCUAUGAGAAGAUAAAAUUGAAAUUGUGGGGACUCGUUAUUUAUUCGCUAAUUAUUAUCAACCUUUUUAGUUUUUU